AUGAAGCUGGAGGCUAGAGCUAACCCUAAUUUGUUUAUGGCGGUUGUUUAUAAGUAUCGCGAUCACGGCAAGAUCAUAAGGCUCCACUUUGAAGGCGCACCUAUCGCUCCUCAACCUGGAGAAGGAAGAGGAGGAGGAGCCUAUUACAACGCCCCUCAAGUUAAUUAUCCAUACCAUUCUCCUUAUGCUCCUCCACAGCAGCAGCUUCUCGCUGGAAACUUUGGUUAUCCGAUGUUGAAACCGCCUCCGCCACAGCAGAAGGAGGCUCCAGAGGGGGUGUAUAAGCAGCAUACUGUGCCUCCUCCUUUUGCUAUGCAGCCGCCACCGCCAAUGCCGUUGUCUAGUUACUCUUACAUUGAACCUCCCUAUUGGCCGGUGGCUACGCCGAGUGGUGGUAAGUGUGUGAUUAUGUGA